AUGAAGCUUUACAAGAGGCUCAUUGGGGUGCGCCCGGAAGAACGUGUACCCGAUGACCUCAUUCUUACCAAGAUUGACCUUCCAAGUCCAACUGAACUUCUACGAGUCUCACGUUUGCGUUAUUUGAAGACCCUUUUUUCAGCUGGCAAAGUUGUCUCUUGGGGACUUUUCAAUGUGGAUCAGGGUUGGUGCCGGCUCAUUGAAGAUGAUUUGACCUGGAUGCACCAGCAGCUACGGAACUCUAGUUCCUUGCAAGAUCCCAAGCAGCACCUAGCGCAAUGGCUUGACAUCAUUCAAUAUCAUCCUGGCUUUUGGAAGCGGCUCACGACGAGAGCCAUGAAACAUGCUGCCGGACAACGUGCCAAGUUAUGCAAGGUGGUGCAGACACACAAUGAACUUUUUGAGCUCAUGCGCAACCAUGACUUCUCAGUGCCCACUCCGUUGCGGCGUAGAGAGCCAGAUAUGAGAUUGGGCACUGAUGGACUCAUUCCGCCUCUGCAAGCUGAAGGCCCUUUGGAUGAGGCGCGCAGACGAAGUGACUUCUCACUUGUUCUAGAGGAGCUAUAUGAAGACUUGGCUCUGAUCAUUCUACACUCCACGGAAUUGCGCCGCCUUGAGGAUUCGUUGAGAGAACGCAUCACCAGGGAACCGCUUUCGUGGACUAGAUGCCUUGCUACAUUAUGUGAACUCUACAACAACUUGGAGCAUGAUGCGCAGGAUCUGG